AUGUUUUGCCACAGGCUAAAUAAUGGCUCAUUGAAGAUCUGGGAUCCCACUGAUGGAAGUUGUCGCUAUCAACUAAAAGGCCAUUCUGACUCGAUCAUGUCUUUGGCUGUGUCACUAAAUGGCAGCAUUCUUGCAGCCUCUUCAGGAGACUCUGUCCGGCUCUGGGAUAUCACGACAGGUGCAUGCAAGAUGAUACUUUGUGAAACAGCUUCUGAUAGCAGAUGUGGUCCCAUAGUGAGCGUACGGUUUUCACCAUCCGGGACAGAGCUCAUUGGGGGUGGACUUGGCGGAGUGGUGAAAUUCUGGGACAUUACCAAUGGAACAUGCAAUCGAACCUUUGAUGCUAACUGCAUAGGUCUUUCUGACUUCGCCAUUUCAAGAGACAACCGAGUUUUUGUCAUACUUCGAGGUUAUAUGGGGAUUCCGCUUUGGGAUCUUGCCACAGGAACGCAGAAGGAGCUAAGCAGAGAGUACAGCACUGAUGCCAACUCAAUAGCCCUCACGUCUGAUGGAAAAUCUUUUAUAGCAGCAUCACGAUUCGGAAUUUUAUCAGUCUGGGAUGUCGGUACUGGGGUCUUCUCAUUCUCAGAUGACAAUCAGUACCUGAACACGAAUCAGGGGCGGUUCAAAAUGAGCAACGGCGUGCUGGAUACGUCUCCUGACUCGGAGCUAUCACGGCGAUCAGUCUUGUAUGUCAAUGGGCCAUGGGUUAUGAGAAAUGGUCAGAAGCUGCUCCAGCUGCCUCCUGGCUACAAAGAAAUUUCCGACGCGGUGCGGCACGAUACGCUUGCCCUGACGGAUUAUACGGGCCAGAUUGUAUUUGGGGAGUUUUCUGAGAGCUGA